GUGUUGUUACAGUGAUGUAUUCUGGGAGUAUUGUACGUGAUUUUCUGUGCAGGGUAAAGCUACCAUCCACGGAGACACGCGCGUCAGAAGCUCUUUCAGUCCUCAGAGCUGUCAGUCAGGUUUAAAGGCACACAUAGAAAAAGCGAGCCAGCCGGACCGCACCUGUUGAUCGCAAAUGGCAACUCUCUCUCUCUCUCUACACGCUUAAAAUCGACUGCCACUUAAGUCAUUGCAGUGCUAGUCAAUUCUGAUGUAUUAAAUUCCUAAUGGUCAGAGUGCAUGGAUGCGUGUCUUUAGUGCUGCUCAGAAACACGUGCGCUCAUUUGUGCGAGGAGCGCGCAUCUCUCCAGAGGCGCACAGAAGCUCCGCGCUGGAUCCCACUGAUAUCUUCUAUCUGAAAACUGAGGAUCAACACACGCUUUCCAGGUUGACGUCAGCCUUCUGGGAUGGAGGGCACAGGCAGCGGCUGGUCAGCUGAGCUCACUCCUGUGAUGCAUGAGGUGAACGGCAGUGACACCGGCCAGGUCUUUGAGGUGGCGCUGCAGAACGGCUCCACCAAGCGCAGCCCCCAGUUUGUGGGUGUGGAGCUGCUACAGUCUUUCAAGCUGCUCAUCAUUCCCUGCUACACUCUGGUGGCUCUGGUGGGAGUCUUUGGCAACUAUCUGCUCCUCUAUGUCAUUUGCCGCACCCGCAAGAUGCACAACGUUACCAACUUUUUCAUUGGAAACCUGGCCUUCUCUGACAUGCUGAUGUGUGCCACGUGUGUCCCCUUCACACUGGCCUACGCCUUCAACCCACACGGCUGGGUGUUCGGUCGCUUCAUGUGCUACCUGGUGUACCUCAUUCAGCCUGUGACGGUGUAUGUGUCGGUCUUCACUCUCACUGCAAUUGGUGUUGACAGAUACUAUGCCACAGUUCAUCCUCUUAAAAAGCGAAUCUCAGUAUUGGCGUGCACCUACCUUUUGUCUGGGAUCUGGCUGCUGUCCUGCGGUCUGGUGGCCCCGGCUGUGGCUCACACCUACCAUGUAGAGUUCAAGAAUGAAGGCUUCACCAUCUGCGAGGAAUUCUGGAUGGGCCAGGAGAGGGAGCGGCUGGCCUACGCUUACAGCACUCUCUUCAUCACCUACGUCCUGCCUUUGUCGGCGCUCUGCAUCUCCUACCUGUGCAUCUCUGUCAAACUGCGAAACUGUGUCGUACCCGGCCACCACACCCAGAGCCAGGCAGAGGCUCAGCGGAUGCGCAAACGCAAGACCUUCCGUCUGGUGAGCCUGGUGGUGGCAGCCUUUGGCAUCUGCUGGAUGCCCAUCAGUGUGUUCAAUGUGCUGCGAGACAUUGACAUUGACCUGAUUGAUAAGCGGUACUUUCUGCUCAUUCAGCUGCUCUGUCACCUGUGUGCAAUGAGCUCAUCCUGCUGUAACCCUUUCCUCUACGCUUGGCUGCACGACCGCUUCCGUGCUGAGCUUCGCAAAAUGUUCACAUGCCGCCGUCGUAUCGGCAUCUCGGCCAAUAACUGCGCCACUGCCAGCGUGGUUUUGUGAAGCUCCUGUGUUUUAGCCUGCUGUUGGUUAGUCCAUGUUUCUUUGGACAGUAGAUUAUACUCAUCUCAUUCUGGUAACAGACAAGCAACACAGAAUUAGAUAGGUGUACAGAGGAUUCAUAACUGUAUGGCGAUCCAACUUUUACUCAAGAUAGCCACAUAAUUCUGUAAACUGGUGUCAGACCUGUUACCAGUAUGCUUGAAAGAGUACUCCACCAGUUUAGCAUUGCCCUUCUAUUACACUGUCUAACUUAUGAUGGACGAUGUAGAAAAAUAGGAUCUUAAUCAAUACAGCAAAGCCAGAGAUAUCAUUGUUUUUAUGCCACAUAUGUCUAUAUUGCCACAAUGCAGCUUGACCGCUGACAGUUUGGUUGAAGAUUUGAAUGUGUUUCUUGUAAUAACUUAUGUUGCCUCAAUGUGCUAGCCUUAAGCAAAGAUGAAGAGCAAGCUACAGAGACUUAGUGAGCUCACUUCUAUCUAUUUUUGUGUCUGGACCAUGAAAAAUCCUCUUUUUUUCAGAUUUAAAUAUUGACUAAAAGGACCAGUGUGUAGGAUUUAGUGGCAUCUAACACUGAGGGUUGCAGAUUGCAACCAACUGAAUACUCUCCCCUCUUCCUUUCCAAGUGUGUACAGUAGGAACCUUUACUGUCUAGAGCCAGUGUUUGGUUUGUCUGUUCUGGGCUUCUGUAGAAACAUGGCAGACUCUGUGGAGGAGGACCCAUUCCCCUGUGGAUAUAAAGGCUCAUUCUAAGGUAACGAAAGCAUGAAAAGAUGAUUCUUAGUUUUAGGUGAUUUUAAACGAUGAAAACAAAGAUAUGAAUGUUACAAUAGACCAAACUGAAUCCUACACACUGCAACUUUUAUUUACUUCAAGGAUAAAGCAAGCAAAAUUCUGUAGUUUUAUGUCUGUUGACAGAUUUCAUGAAAAGACCCAAACCAACAGCGUGUUUAUCUGUCUGUCAGCACUGCCUGUCUUCCCCUGCCUUUGUGUGGCUCUCAGCGCUGAGCCAAUCCUUUCCUAAUUAAGCUAAAAACUUCUCUCUCUCGGUUUUCAUUUUUGUGAAACAAACCUCACGGUGAUCAAAAUAUCUUAUUAUCAGAAGAGUUUGAUUCUGCACUAUUACUUGAAUAAUAUUUUAAACUAUGUGCACAGUAACAACCAUAUGAAGGAAAAACUGCCAUACCUGUGGUGCAGUUCAAAAUAUGUUCAGUAUUUAGCAGCUGCUUGGUUUUAUUUAUUGCUUGUUUUCUGAAUAACACCUCUUUGAAGCAAAAAUAGGCACAAUAUGUUUGUGAGGACUUGGCGACCAUCAGACACCUGAGUGUGUUGAGUUGGAUGUGGGAGGAGAAUCGUCUAGUGAAAAAAAAAAUACACGCGAGUCAAGAGGAUCAGCAGAGAAAAUACAAAAUAAAGACAAGUUGCAAAUAUUUACUUUCAUUUUUAUAAAAGGAUAGAUGAUGUCCCAGAACAGCUGGGCACUGUAGUUUUCAGCAAAUGUUUCCCAAGCAGGAGUAAAUAAUGGAUUUGGUGGGGACUGUUCUAAGCAGUAGAUUUGGUUUGCUGAGUAUUUGUAGCAGCAGGGUGGUGUAUGUGGGAGUGAUUGGGAAUAAACUACAGUGCCACUGCAGUCGGUGCAACUGUGAGGCUCACUCAUGAGUUUCUAAUAGGUUUUAGACAGCAAUUUUGGUAUGUGGCACAGCAGAGCUUAAGUGAUAUUGGGCUUUAGAUACACAGGAUCAGUUCAGUGUUGGUUUUCUCUUUUCAUGGGAUCUGUUGACAAUAAGAAAAAUACAUCACAUGACUUAUCCUAUUCAACAUACAGUAUUGCAUUUGUAUUUCCACCUUUGCUAUUAGUCCCUCCUAAUACAUCUUUAUUAAUUUUACAAUACAUAAGUAUUUCCAUUUACAUUGUUGUUAAGUACCAUGAUAAAAGGACAGAUGUGCAACUGCACUAUUUCUUGGUCUGAAAAGCAGCUAUUGUGUAUGAUAAAACAUGCUAUGUGUGUUUCCAUGGCAACAUUUGUUACUUUUGCUUGUGGUGUGGGGCAUCCAUCUGUCCAUCUAUCCAUGCAUCCAUCCAAUAAAGACAACUGGAGUUGUCACUGCAAUAUGUAGCUUGUUUGAGCGCUUAUAAAAUCACAAUUAUAUAGAUUGAUAUUUCAGUUCUUUCCGCAUGUACAUAAAACAUUGUAAAUAAUUGUGAAUACAAACAAUGUGGUGAAAUAAUUAGUGUCUUUAUUUCAAAUAAAACCGUAUUUUGCUCAGCAUCGCUUCUCUCUGAAGUUUUACAUGUUUUACUGUAGUAUUAUUAUCAUGUCAACAAACACUCGACACAUCAGGCUGUACAUUCUUUGAGCUCUCAGUCCAGAAAAAGAAGCUCAUCCAGCAAAUCAGACAUUAAAGUCAUGAAAAAGGUUUUGAAGGCACAGAUCUGUACAUUCAUGAAGAUUAAUAUUGCUAUCAAUGCAGCCAAGACAUAAAAUAAUAGUCAUAUAAAGGCAUAUAUGUUCAUUCAUUAGUGUAGGUUCAAAUACAAAGACAAGGCUGGUAGGUUAUUACUGACACUUACUCUACUACCAUUCCUCUAAUUAUUCAUUGUUGAUUAUCUCUCAGUUUUCAUUUCACAAAUACAACACAAACAUCACAGUGAUCAAAACCUCACAAUAGAAGAGUUUGAUUCUGCACUGUCACUUGCAUAAUAUUUCAAAAUUAUGUGCACAGGCUACAUAACAACCACAUGAAAGGAAAAACUGCCAUACCUGCGGUGCAAUUUUAGUUAUUGCUGGUAUUCUGAAUAACACCUCUCUGAAGCACAAAUAGGCACAAUAUGUUUUAAGGACUGGAUGGCCAGCUGACAUUCAACUGUGGUGAGUAAAACGUGGGAGGAAUGUUGUUAAUUAAAAAGAAAAAAGAAAAGAAAAAUACAUGCAAGCCAGAAGGA